CUUGUGCAGUGUGGUCGGAAUUUCAUUUGCGGAGAGGAAAUACACAACUAGUGGAAAAAUAUUCGCAUAUUCCCAUUUAAUAGUAGUGAUUGCGGCAGCUGGCAGUAUGGUUGUGCCUCAAAUCAUGCUUGUUGCGGUGAACUGGGGCGAUCUGAAGAUUCUAACAGGAGUAGGAUGCGUGAUAACAACAAUUGCACAGUAUAUAUUCAAGCUGAUUUACGUAGUGGCCAGAAGAGAAAGAGCGAAAAGACUGUAUAAGGAACUAAGAAGUCUUUGGGACUCGGCAGACGAUCCUGAGGAAAUGAAGUCUUACGAACAGUUUGCUUACUGGGGAAGAAUAUGUACAUUAUUGGUCUACACGCUUGGAUUAUGGACUAUAAUCAUCUUCACCAUUACAGCAGCCAUUGAUUAUUUUACAAUAGACUAUACAGACAAUAACAACGUUAAAACCAGAUAUUUACCAUUUGAAGUCUGGUACGGAACAGAUGUCACAGAAUCUCCUAAAUUCGAGAUCGCCUUUUUUUUCCAAUUUGUGGCAGCAAUGAUGUCCUGUACCGGACUUUGGGCUAUUGAGACCUCGUGUAUGACAACGCUUCUCCACGUAUCUGGUCAAUUUAAGUUAAUUAACACAUGGAUCAGUAGCAUCGGAAUCGAAAGCGAUUGUGAGUCGACGGAUCAUUGCCGUAAUUAUUUGUCGAACGUAGAGGCAAACUUGGUCAAAUGUAUUCGUCACCACCAGCGAGUGAUAAAUGUAGCGGAUGAGGUUAAUAAUCUAUUAACACCCAUUAUUUUUAUGCAAAUCCUCACAAGUGGUAUUGAGAUAUGUUUAAGUGGAUUCGCAGUGAUUGUUAAUGACAGGAGAGCUGAAUUUUUGAAAUCUGUCAUUUAUUUAGCUGCAAUCACGGCACAGUUGUGUCUCUGGUGUUAUUCUGGUGAAAUCCUGAUUCAGGAAAGUCAGGAAAUAGCGAAUAUUGCUUAUUUGAAUGUACCGUGGUACAAUUUACCACCGAUUUAUCGGAGACAGCUUUUACUUAUAAUACUAAGGUCACAGAAGUAUUGCAGUGUCUCCGGAUUAACCUUUCAAAGACUGUCUUUUCACACUUUAACAAACGUAUUCAAUACAGCAGCCUCUUAUUUUACUCUGUUGCGACAAAUGCAAGAAACGUGAAUCUGAGUGUAACAAUUAUUCGAAUCUAUGAUUUCCGGAAAUUAUGUUUUGGAAGGUAGUUGAAUAGUCAAUACAGAUAACCCUCCUAUAACACGGUAGAUAGCUUCCUAGAAAAAGCCAUGUUAUAUGAGACCCAGAGCCAGUACAAAAAGGGGGGUUACGUACCGAAAACUUAUUAAAAACAAACAUUUUUUUUUACUUCCAUAUAAGCAACUUAAUUUUUAUUAAAAAUAUAAAUGCAUGUAUAACAUAAGACGGAAAGAAAAUAUAUUAUUUUUGUUUAAUGUAACUUCAAUUUAAUAAACUUUUUUCUCAUCACUACUCAAUACAAUCAUACGAGAACGUUUUUUUGAUUGAACGAUAUCACUUCACUUUCGCAAUUUUCUUAUCGCGUUAGAGCGAAACCGUGUUAUAGGAUGCCGUGUUGUAGAAGGGUUACCAGUAUACAAUUUUGUAACA